GUCAUUGCAAAAACCCCACUGCAUUCAUUGUGCUACGGUCUCUCCACCCCCUGCUGCUGCUGGGCUUGCGAUUGCCGCUCGCUCCAGCUGAGCUAAGAGUAGCAGCAGCACCAGGGCAGGGACUGACUCCAGCCCUUGGACUCGCAGCACCUCCCCUUCCGUGCGUGACUCAUCCGCACAUCAUUUCUGUUUAUGCCUGGGGUGGGGAGAAAAAUCCCAAGCCAGCUGUGUAAAUGAGUAUGGAAGAUUAUGAUUUCCUGUUCAAAAUUGUUCUAAUCGGCAACGCUGGUGUGGGGAAGACGUGCCUUGUGCGACGAUUCACUCAGGGUCUUUUCCCCCCAGGUCAAGGAGCCACAAUUGGAGUUGAUUUUAUGAUUAAGACAGUAGAGAUUAAUGGUGAAAAAGUAAAGCUACAGAUCUGGGACACAGCAGGUCAGGAGAGAUUUCGGUCCAUUACCCAGAGUUAUUACCGAAGCGCCAAUGCCUUGAUCCUCACCUAUGACAUUACCUGUGAAGAAUCCUUCCGUUGCCUUCCUGAGUGGCUGCGGGAGAUAGAACAAUAUGCCAGCAACAAGGUCAUCACUGUGUUAGCAACAAGAUCGAUCUGGCUGAAAGGAGAGAGGUCUCCCAACAGAGAGCUGAAGAAUUCUCAGAAGCUCAGGACAUGUAUUACCUGGAGACCUCAGCCAAGGAAUCUGAUAAUGUGGAGAAACUCUUCCUUGACUUGGCCUGCCGACUCAUCAGUGAAGCCAGACAGAACACACUUGUGAACAAUGUAUCCUCACCCUUACCUGGAGAAGGGAAAAGCAUCAGCUAUUUGACUUGUUGUAAUUUCAACUAAAGGCUGCAGCAAGGAGAUGCAAAAGGAAUCAGCAGCUGCCCUGAUGGGCCACAAGUUGCUGGGGAGAUCUGGCGAUGACUGUGGCUCCCGCUCUUGGACCUUCUGACUCCUGGGGGCUUCUCAGCUUACAAAGCAUGGCAGGCCAAGGGCCUCGACCACAGGCCAGCAUUAGCAGAACAUAUAAUGGUUUUACCCUUUUGCAGUCUGGAGUUGGAGCAAGGAGAAAAUUGCACUAGGCACUCCAUGAUCUGCAGAGCAUGUUGCUUUUGUUUUUUAAAAAAGCAAGUAAAGGCGCAUUCCUGAAAACGGUCCAGGGGGAAAUAUGCUGUAGGGAUCCCUUCUGCACAUCAGUGGGUGCAUGUAGGGGCUAUUCUUUAGUGGCUUCUGGGGGCCCUGGUUUUCUUGUCUACCAGAUAAACCCAAACUGGGAAGGCCAAGUACUGUCUCUGUGGUGUAUACUGACGACCCAUAGAGAUUUUGAAAAGUGUUAUUUCUCUUGUUCACAGGCACUUUCAAGAACUUUGGGAUGUAAAAAUGAAAUGAAACCUUUACCCAUGACCAACAGUAACAAUCAUUGUUUUAAUAAUAUAUAAAAUUUCCAUGACUCCUUUUGGUGCUAAUGAUUCUGCUAUUUCACAGACCAAACAUUUUAGUACAUUAAUGUCCUUAAAUGUAUUAUAUAGAAAUAAAAAAAAAAUAUGGGGGAAAUCCAUGAAUCAGCACUCAUUCUCAAAGUCUCAUUGCAACCUUUUUAAAGGUGGAUUAUUUUUUUUUUUGGAAAAGAGAAUUCCUUUCAUGUUUCCCUCUGAAUCACUAUCAUCUUCUUCUUCUUUUAUUUUUCCUGCCUGUUAAGUAAAUUUAAAAGUUUGAAAAAUGAAAAAAAUAUGAAUGGUUGAUAUUCUAAUAUAAAAGAUUAGUGCUGAAACAUUAUGGGUUGCAUGAGAAAACAGAUCAGAUAUGACCAAAAUACUGUGGAUUAAUGGACUGCAGUGCAGGGCUCCAUACAGAGCACAGUCCUUGAUAGCAAGUCCCAUCUUUUACUUCUUGGUACUGUCUAUCUUGGACAGACCAAGGUUCAGAAUUUUGUAGGUUUUUUUAGUAAAGUGAGAAUAGCAACAGAUGAAAAGUCUUAUGAACCAUUUUUGUAUCUUCAGUGAUAACCUUAGAAAAAUUCUGCUUGUGGAAGCAGGUUGAACUGUCAUUUAUCCCCUCCAUCUUGUAAUAAUGUUCCCCUCAGACUCUUGACAUCCACUCUUUCCUGUUUCUUUUUCUUUUUCUCUCUCUCAUUCCCAGACUCCCCUUUUCAUUUUUCUUCCCUUCCUGCUGCUUUCCUUCCCUCCUGUCCUUAUAUGCAUGUGUUACUGCAAAUCUCCAAUUCUAAUGGAGGUGUAUAUGCCUUUACUUAGCCAAUUUUAAAACGACUCAAAAUGGAAGACGGGCUGCUGAAUAUGUGUUUCUGUUUCUUCAGUGCCAUCCUUUGAUAGCUUCCAAUUUGUUCUUUGAUAUAUAUGCAAAUUGGGAAAAUAAUUAAACCUGUAUGCUGUAGAUGCUGUCAGAUGUUUCUGUAGCUUGCUGCUUAGUAUAACUGAGGGGUUAGUAAUGGAAUGGGGAUAUGCUAGGUAAUUUCACUGUUGCUGUAGAUGGUGACAAUCUUAGUCCUGGUAAGUUGAUGUUUGAAAGCUAUUUAAUUGUAAAGAAAUGAGUCAUGUAGAGACAUGAUAUUGGUAAAGCAUUUCUGACAUUUCUCUAGCAGGUUUCACAGUGACCAAUCUCUUGCACAUGGGAUUAUACACAUUGUUUAGGGGACUGAUAGCUAUGGUUGGCCUCACUGUGUUCUUCCACUUCCUAUGGGAAAGAGGAAGGGGUCUGAGAAGUAUGACUUGUUUUGUUUUUCUUUUAGAAUCUGUCUCUACAGAAGGGAAAAGUCAUUUUAAUAAAUACCAAAAUAAUUUGUAACAUUUGUUGCCUUUCUCUCCCCAUCUUUUCCACUAAACAGAAAACAAGGUAAUCAACAUAGGCAGAACUUAUCUUUUUGAACUGGGAAGAAACAUCCCUAAGUUUAGAUUUACUACUCUUUAUUUAAAGCAAAAAUCCAAAUUCCCCAGCACAUGAUGACCCAACUUUGUCUCACAGCAGCAAGAGUGUUGAAAAUAAAGCUGCUUUGUGAACUUGGAGGAAAGGGUCUUGUUAAAUAGGACUGAUUCAAUUGCAGAAUAACUGCUUUUAGGGUCACACUUGUAUUAUUCCGUAGGGUUUAGCCUCCUCUAUAUACCCUUGGCCACACCCAAAAAGGGAUUAGAAAGCUCUGCUUUCAACUCUUUUCUUCCUUGUUGCUCCUCCCAGACUCUCUAGCUUACAGUCACCCAUCCAUGGCCCACCAGCAGGGAUUCAUGAGAAGUGAGACUUUGUUUCCUUUUUUCUUAGUUGUAUGAAUUCCUGGUUAGGCCUUAUGGACACUAGUCCACUCAUAUCGCUCAAGUUUGAGAACAAUCUCUGACAAUAUUGUAGGUGCAAUUGCAAUAAAUAUUAGUUGAAUAAGCAUUUUUGUGGCAAGAGGGGCUUUUUUGGGUAAACAGAAAUUCCUUCAAGGACAGCUUGAAAAAUUAAAUGAAGUCACCUUAAUGCAGGCCAGGACCUAAUUUACUGGUUUGCUUAAUAGUUUAUCGUGGCAAUAUUUGCUAAAAUGAGCCUUAAAAAAAAAAGUGAAUUCUCAUUUAAUGGUGGAUAAAAAGAGAUAGUUGCUUUAUUAUAAUUUAAUUUGGCUUGGUCUAAUAAUACAACUGAAGUCCACGUCUUCCUCCAUUUUUGGUAUGAUCUAUUUCUUCUUUCAAUAAAGUUAUUAAAUAUACGGCAAAA